AUGUGUGUGUGUGGGCGUGGAAGAAGUGUUCUGCUGCCGUUGCUGAGGCUCAGUAUGAGAAUUAUACUUUCAGUGGCUUUGGUGUGCACAUGCAUGGCAGGAAUGGUGAGCUGGGUGCUGUGUGCCAUGUGGCCAAUGCGGUGCACACAUGUAGCAACUGCGGCGCAAGUUAAUGCUGAGCCGUCACGUCAGCACGAGGAUUGGCGACAGUCUGCGGCGGCUGACGGACCCAACACCGUCGAUCGGAGUCCCGCAUCCAACACGGCGACCAACACGUCCGAGACGAGGCCUGAGUUUGCCAGCAAUCCGAACGAAGUGAUGGUCCCGAAUGCAUCCAAGAAGAGGCCUUCCUUUGCCAACGGUCCGAGAAUAUUAGUGGCGCUGAAUGCAUCGGGGAUCAUGUCUGUCACUUAUGGCGGCAGGGAACACGUUGCUGCGGAUAACACGGACGAGGUGAGUGAGCACGACGCCACCGGACACAAAUCUCUCGUUUUAGAAAAUGGCGUUGCAGGCAGUGGAUUUGUUGCUGAGGGUGAUGCGGACGGAUUGACUCAACGCAAUGCCUCUGGACACGAAAACCCCAAUUACGAGAAUUCACCGCGCAGUAUUCCGGAAACGGUGUGA